AUGUCCAACAAGAGUACCAAUCUCGCAGCUGUGCUGCCAUCCGCCGGCAGCAACUUGGCCAUCGAGGAGCGUGCCAUCCCGUCUCCCGGUCCUGACGAGGUGCUGGUGCGCAAUCACGCCAUCGCUGUCAACCCGAUCGACUGGAAGCGGCAGGUUAUGGGCUUAUAUAUCUCGUCGUAUCCCACGAUCCUCGGCCUGGAUGUCUCGGGUAUUGUCGAAGCAGUAGGGUCCGCCGUCACCCUGUUCAAGAAAGGCGAUCGUGUCCUCGGCCUCGCCCCCGUGACCGCCACCGGCAACCCAGACCACGCGGCAUUCCAGACCUACACGCUCGUGCAGGCCUCAGCCAUCGCCAAGCUGCCGGAUACGCUCACCUUCAAGCAGGCCGCCACGCUACCUGGGGCUAUCUCCACCGCAUCCGUCACGCUCUUCGACGUCUUGGGCUUGCCCCUGCCGCAGCAACAGUCGACCCCAACCCUCUCCACCACCGCCAGCCCGUCAACGGGCAUUCUGGUGUGGAGCGGCGCCUCCUCGGCCGGCAACGCCACGAUCCAGCUAGCCCGCCUGGCAGGGCUGAAAGUAUUUGCCAGCGCGAGCCCACGCCACCACGCGCUCGUGCGCUCGCUCGGCGCGACCGAGGUGGUGGACUACCGCUCGCCGACGGCCGUGGCCGACCUCGUGUCGGCCGCGCAGCGUGCCGGCGUGGCAAUCCGCUACGCGGUCGACUGUAUCUCCACCGAGGAGACCACCCCGCUCGUGCUCGACGUUCUGACCAAGUUCGGCGGGGCGAAGAAGCUAGCGCAUCUGUGGACUUGGCCCGAGCAGAUCGCCGUGCCGGACGGUGUGGAGGAGACCUUUGUGAACACGGUGGUCAUUUGGACGGAGAGGCGGGACUUGGCGGCUCGCGUGUUCAAUGAGUUGCUGCCGGUGUGGCUGAAAAAGGGAGAGGUUGUGCCGCAGACGGCUAGGGUUAUCGACGGCGGACUUGAGGGCUUGCAGACGGCGUUGGAGGAGCUGAGGAAAGGGUCGCGCUUCUCCAGGGCGGACCAGGAAAGCGUCAAUACGCUCCUCCAGGCUUAUACGGUCAAUGCUAUUAAGGAGGAGGGUAAUAAGAAGCCCUUCGUUGCUCGGGCACGUGGGCGGAGUGCGAUAGAAUAUAGGGAGCCUGGACCAAACUUACUGGAAAGAAAGAAGGUGGACUUCGCCCGGGAUCCAUCCGACCCCGUCUACGCCCUGCUGUUAGGCUUAAACGCGGCCACCCUGUCCCAGAAGGCCAUCACCGACCGGCUGACGCGUAUCGUCGUGUUUCUCUCCAGCGCCGCGGGCAUGUUGUACAAUGCGCUGUGGUACUUUCCGGUGCUAAUGGUCGCCGCCGGUCCAUCGUUCGGUAAAGAAGCUUGCCAACGCCAUCAAGGGCCUUCGACGUUCAUCGAAAGCUCAGCAAUCGCCUGA